UCGCUAAGGCACCUCAGUCUUUUAUUCAGUUCUCUGACACCUGCACUGCAUUCCACUUACUGCACUGUCCAUUCCAGCCUGGGAUCACUAUGGCUUCCCUUUUGUGUUGUGGGCCUAAGCUGGCCGCCUGCGGCAUCGUACUCAGCGCCUGGGGAGUGAUCAUGUUGGUCCUUCUUGGAAUUUUCUUCAAUGUCCAUUCCGCUGUCCUAAUUGAGGAUGUACCUUUUACUGAGAGUGAUUUUGAAGAGGGUGGUCCUCAGAAAAUCUAUCAACUUUAUGAACAAGUGAGUUACAACUGCUUCAUUGCUGCUGGCCUCUACCUCCUCCUUGGAGGCUUCUCAUUCUGCCAAGUCCGACUCAACAAGCGCAAAGAAUACAUGGUCCGUUAGAACACUUCAUUCCACUCCCAAGGAUUUGGGGGUCCUCCUUGCCCCAUGUCUCUUAUUUAAAUUCCCUUCUCCCAACUUUCCCCUUCCUUCUUGUGGGUCCCUCCAUUUCUGUCACUUUAGGAGCUGAGGGCUUUGCUAUUUACUCCCUGGGGAGUGGGUCAGGGGCGGUGAAGAGAAGGACUUCCGUUAUCCUUUUUGAUCGACCCCUUUCUAGCCUCUCGGUUAUUGUCUCUGCUAGAAACAAUAAAACUAGUGUCCUCUGUG